GACAGACAGACAGACGGACAGACGGACAGACGGACGGGAGAAGACUGGAGCAAAUGAGCGCGGAGAGCCGCUGAAUGCGUGACAGAGAGAGGGAGAGUCUGCUCGGGAAAUCACAUUCGCUCUUUGGACAGAGAUUUAGCCACGCCCACAACUGAAGAUGUCAGACAAUGGGGAAGUAGAAGACAAGCCGCCAGCUCCGCCCAUGAGAAACACCAGCACCAUGAUUGGCUCGUCCGGUAAAGACUCAGGCCCGCUGAAUCACGGCUCCAAACCCUUGCCGCCCAACCCGGAGGACAAGAGGAGAAAAGAAGGCUUCAUCCGAUCCAUACUCACCGGAGGAGGAGACAAGACCAAUAAGAAGAAAGAGCGUCCGGAGAUCUCUCUGCCGUCGGACUUUGAGCACACCAUCCAUGUUGGCUUUGACGCUGUCACUGGAGAGUUCACUGGCAUGCCUGAGCAGUGGGCACGGUUGCUCCAGACGUCCAACAUCACCAAACUCGAGCAGAAGAAAUGUGAUCUGGCGCUGUAUUAUGUUGUUUUUGAAAUGUUCGUUGUGAUGUUAUUAGUGACGGAACAUAAAGGUGCGGAUAGCUACAGCUCUUCCAACGCAGUGGUGAGUCAUUGUGAUGUCCGACUGUGUUUUCCAGGUUUAUCUGUGACACACAGAGAAGCGUUUGAGUUCUAUGUCUCUUUCUCAUUUCUCAUUCGUCUGUUUUUAAUUUCAGAUAAAGGUGCGGAUAGCUACAGCUCUUCCAACGCAGUGAACUCCAAGACCGUUUCCGAGACCCCUGCCGUGGCCACCGUUUCUGAGGAUGAUGAUGAGGAUGAAGCCACGCCUCCACCCAUCGUCGCACCCCGUCCCGAACACACCAAAUCUAUCUACACGCGCUCCGUUAUCGACCCUCUCCCUCCUCCACUCUCCACCAAAGACGCCGCUACGUCACCCAUCACUAAUGUGGCCGCUGACAGCGGCAGUCCCACCCUGACACCCUCCACCACCUCCGCCACCGCCAGCACCACCAGCACCCCGACACCCUCCACUCCACAAAACACCGACAAAACACGCAAGAAGAAGAUGACCGACGAGGAGAUACUCGAGAAACUGCGAAGUAUAGUCAGCGUGGGCGACCCGAAGAAGAAGUACACGCGAUUUGAGAAGAUUGGCCAGGGGGCAUCUGGAACGGUCUACACAGCCAUAGACAUCGCCACGGGACAAGAGGUGGCCAUCAAACAGAUGAAUCUACAGCAGCAGCCCAAGAAAGAGCUGAUCAUCAACGAGAUCUUAGUCAUGAGGGAAAACAAGAACCCCAACAUCGUCAAUUACCUGGACAGUUACCUGGUGGGAGACGAGCUGUGGGUGGUGAUGGAGUAUCUGGCCGGAGGCUCCCUGACGGACGUGGUGACGGAGACGUGUAUGGAUGAACCGCAGAUCGCCGCCGUCUGUCGGGAAGUGAGUGUGGAAUUAUUCCAAGCUCUGUAUCUCAUCGCCACCAAUGGAACGCCGGAGCUGCAGAACCCAGAGAAACUCUCAUCCGUGUUCCGGGAUUUCUUAAACCGCUGUCUGGAGAUGGAUGUGGAGAAGAGAGGCUCUGCCAAGGAGCUCUUACAGCACCAGUUCCUGAAAGCGGCCAAGCCUCUGUCCAGCCUCACGCCGCUGAUCAUAGCAGCCAAAGAGGCGGCCAAAAACAACCGCUAGCCUCUACGGGACGACUCCCGGCCCCACCUGUCCUCCGCCCCGACCCCCAGAGCUCCCCGUCAGCCGUCUCUCUCUCUCUCUCGCCCCGCGCCGGAGCUCUCGUGCCGAGGGUUCAUCCGUCCCUCGCCCUCUACUGCUGAUGUUUUAGGGUCCGAGGGGCGUCUGCACUCACUGCUGUGGUCACCGAAAAAGAUGACUCUGAAUGAUGACAUCACUGGAAACAAAGGGCCACGGCGCGUCAGGCCCAAAGCAUUAUGGGGGAUUUCCCCCGGCUGACUCUCUCUGGGUCUCACUGUCAGUUUUUCUGUUGUCGUUUACUUUUGUGUUCAGAUCAUGGGAACAUGAUUGAUGUUUUCAUGUGUGUAUUUGUUGGGGUUUUCGUUCAUUUUAUAAUAUUUUCUGUGUGUGUGUGUGUGUGUGUGUGUGUGUGUGUGAGAACAAGUGUGUGUGCAUUCGCCGGGUCAUAGAUUAGCUGAGAUUGCGACGUGAUUGCGACAGAAAGAUCUCGUCUGAUGUACGUUUUUUUGAUAUUGAAACAUGAUGAUUUGCAACAGACUAUUGAUUAAGGUACUAUGAAGGAUGCUUGUGCAUGAAGAGACUGCAUUUCUGAUGAUGAAACUAUCACCUGAGGUCCAUUCUGUCCCAUAAUUCCUCCACACGUCGGAAACCCAACAAAACAUGACUGCAUUAUGAUGUUUUGCCAUAAACAUUAAUAGAAUUGAAAUGUUUUGAUAUUACGUUCACGUACCCUUGGGCCUUAAACUGUGACGUGAAUAGUAGGACGUACGAAGACGGCACAACACACGAAGAUGCAAUCUGUCACCAUUCGGAUUCUUUCAGUGGAUUGAUGGGAUUUAUUUAGAAGAGAAUCUUUCCUGUAAGCAAUCAGUGUUUCUGCGAACCAUAAACUCUUUAUAAGGCCUUUUGAUGAAUUGAAAUUCUUAAUUGAAAUGGGACGAAUAAACUUCAGAAUUAAUUACAGUGUCCAGGUGAUCUUUUCGUAAAUGCUGUGUUGCUAAAUGUGUCCCAAAAUGCAAUGCUCUCAACUUGA